UCAAACAACCAAAUCGGAAGUAGCGUACCUUCUGUGUGUGUGUGUCUGUUCCUAAUGCAAAUGGCUUGGCUCGGGAUCGGUGCACUGGCAUCCGGUUUAGUUAUCCAACGAUUGUUAGGCGGAGACGUGCCACCCAACAAGGUGCAAGAGGUGAAAAAUGAGUCCUACAUCAACCUGCAAGUGCUGCACAGAAAUGAAUCUAUGCGAUUGUUUGCCCCAAAUCCAAAUGCGCCCGACAAAAAGGUCGUGUACGAAAUCAUUCUGGAACGGCCUCACUCGGAAACGAUCAACACAUCCUACAGCUUGUAUCGUGCACCUACACAAGCGGAAGCGGAGGAAAAAUUUGAAGCCUUCCAUAAACGUCUACCGGAGCUCGUAAAAAUUGUUCGCGAGAUGUACAAUAUUAAUGGUUUACAGAAGCUUUGUGAUGUACUGAUUGAAAAUCCUUCCUGGUCACUGGCACACGUUGUUGCUUUUUACAAUCUAACUGACUACAUUUCAAAUCCUAGUAUUAUCGAUUUCCUCGACUAUGCCGAUUAUGCCGAUAUGAUGACACCCUUGCAGGUUGCUGUCAAAGCCAACAAUAUUGAGUUUGUAAAAGCCUUGGUACAAUCGAACCAAUGCAAUUUGGAUCAUCUCGAUAAGAAUAGCAACUCCGUGUUCCAUUUUGCAGCGAGUACGACAAAAGAAAUGAUAAAUCUUCUAACAGCAAAAAGUGUUUCAAACCUGAACCAUUGCAACACCGAUGGCUACACACCGCUCCAUCUGGCCUGCUUGGCCGAUAAACCGGACUGCGUGAAGGCUUUACUGUUGGCCGGAGCCGAUACGAACAAAAUGGCCCGUGGGGCGGGAACGUCCUCCUACAGCAAAUCCAUUCCAUCGACCUGCACUGAUGGUAAUGUGGCUGAUUUUCUUGUCAGCAAUCCAAAUAAACUAUUCACACAGGACAUGAAACACGGUGGCACCCCGCUACACUGGAGCUCCAGUCGUGAGGUAUUGAAUUCACUUAUAGAACGCGGUUGUGACGUGAACUUGGUAAAUUUCAACGGCCAGACUCCUCUUCACGUAAUGGUAGCACGUGAUCGACUGGAAUGUGUUGUUGCGUUGUUGGCCCAUGAUGCUGAGAUUGACGUAGUUGAUAACUCUGGCAAUACUCCGCUGCACAUUGCGGUGGAAAAGAAGCUUAUUCCGAUCAUUCAGUGUUUGGUGGUGUUUGGCGCUGACUUCAACAAACCAAACAAGGACGGCAAAACGCCGCGCCACAUGGUAGGAAAAGACGACAGCGGUUCGAAAGAUUCGAUGAUUCUGUACAUUUUACACUCGGUCGGAGCAAAACGAUGUCCGGAGAAGAGUAGCAAAUGUCCGCCAGGGUGUGCGGCCAGUGGCACGUACAACGGCAUCCCACCAGCGCAACCAGAAUCCUACGAGCAACGGCAACAUAUCCAGCAGGUGCUGGCCCAAACGACCUCCAAAUCACAUCGCAACAGCGUGCCAAGCCUCAUAUCGAGUACGGUGCGUGCCACCAUUCCCGAAGAGCGUGAGCGGCGCGAGGUGAAAACGAUAGACGUCAGCCAGGAGCGUAAAGGUGCGAGCAUGAUGGAUGCGCUUCUGUCGAUGUUUAUGAAUAAGGUAGAGGCAGCAUCUAAGCCGACGUCACCCACGUCCACCUCGUCGUCGCUGAAGGGAGGAGUGAAUCUGCUGGGAGAUUUCGAUGUAGGCGACGAACCAAUGCUAACAGGCGAGAUCGAGGGGACGGAAGCUUCCAAGAGUAGUCCGACAGCAGAAUCUUCCGCUGGUGCACGAGCGGAAGGGUCUAGGGCACGGUCGUCAUGCGAAACCGGAGGCGACGCGUAUAACGGUCGUGGUCGUUUGCUUUGUCUCGAUGGCGGAGGCAUCAGAGGUUUGGUAUUGGCACAAAUGUUGCUGGAAAUCGAGAACCUUGCCCAAACGCCCAUCGUGCAUCUGUUCGAUUGGAUUGCCGGUACCAGUACCGGUGGUAUUUUAGCGCUUGCAUUGGGCUGUGGCAAAACGAUGAAACAGUGCAUGUGCUUGUAUCUGCGCAUGAAGGAUCAAGCGUUCAUCGGUUCGCGUCCCUAUCCAAGCGAUGCGCUCGAAGCCGUACUGAAGGAACAGCUGGGAGAGUUCACUGUGAUGUCGGACAUCAAGCAUCCUCGUUUGAUGGUGACGGGUGUGAUGGCCGAUCGGAAGCCGGUAAAUUUGCACCUCUUCCGCAACUACGAAGCCGCCAGUGACAUUCUAAGCAUCGUAACGCCCUCUAAUAAUCGAGGUCAGCCUCCACCGCCACCGAGCGAGCAGUUGGUUUGGCGGGCGGCAAGAGCAACUGGUGCAGCACCAUCUUAUUUCCGUGCGUUCGGUCGCUUCCUUGACGGUGGAUUGAUUGCGAACAACCCUACGCUGGACGCGAUGACGGAAAUCCAUGAACUGAAUGCUGCACUGCACUAUGUUGGCCGAGCAGCGGAAGCAGUCCCGAUGUCGGUUGUAGUUUCACUUGGCACAGGACUAAUACCGGUAGUGGAUCUGAAGGAAAUUGAUGUGUUCCGUCCAGACAACCUGUGGGACACAGCCAAGCUGGCGUACGGUAUUUCUACCAUCAGUACCCUGUUGGUGGACCAGGCAACUGCAUCGGAUGGUCGUGUAGUGGAUCGUGCCCGGGCAUGGUGUAGCAUGAUCGGUGUUCCGUACUUCCGCUUCAACCCGCAGAUGUCGGUUGAUAUUGCGAUGGACGAAAAGAUUGACGAACCACUGAUCAACAUGCUGUGGGAGGUGAAGGCAUACAUGCACAGCAAACGAAUGCAGGUCAUAGAGCUUAUUAAUCUGCUCAAGUAGCAGCAGCAGCAGCAGCAGUAAGC